UCAGGGCCUCCCCGCGAGUUCCCCUCACCUCCCCUUCGCCCUUCGCACCUGUGGCCAUGGCUGGUCGACUCUUUGGGUCUGCAGUCCAAAGUGUUCAAGGACGGCCCGCUCGAGGGAAGGGCAAGGGCAAUUUGGGCACGAGGGCAGUGAUUCCGAAAAUCGUGAAAGGUGCCUCUGCUGAUGUGACGGUUCGGGGGCGCGGAACUCAUAUGUAUGGAGGUGGUGGCAUGGGUGGAAGAAGCCCAGCACUGACUGCAGGCAACUAUGAAAGCUUUGGGGGUGAAUAUUCCGCAGGCAGCAAUCCCAGAGCAUCUGCAUUUGCCAGAGCCUUCGAUGUUGAGGAGCAAGCGGCUGGUCCAGUCCGUAAGGUCAGGGGCAGGCGCGUUGGACCCUAUGAUGAGUUCGAGGUUGAUGCCGACUACAAUGGCUUCCCUCGCUACUCACAGUAUGACUGGGAUGAGCCUGAUUGGGAACACGAUCAGUUUGAUGGACCUCAGACUGUGGGAUCAGCAAUCUUUGUGCGGAACCUUCCUCCUGGUGUGGAAGGGCAGCAACUAAAGCAUCUCUUCGAAGAGGCUGGACAGAUCGCCAACAUCCAGGUUGACCAGGGCCCCUUGCCCACAGCAACCAUUGGCUACGUGCGCCAGGGCGUGGGCUUUGAUGCUGCAGAACUGUUCCAUGGGCGCUACUUGCUGGGGCACGAGCUCAAGGUGACGGUGAAGGCUGCCGAAUCAACGGCGGCCCGAAAGUCAGACGAUGACUUUUGGCGGCAAGAGCUUCGUGACAUGAAGCAGCGGGGAAGCUUGCGAAAUGACCCAUGGUUAUUGGGCCAGUUUGGUGAAGAGGAUAUGGAUUGGGUUGGCCCGCGGAAAGGAAAGGGUGGAACGAAGGGACGCUUGAAAGGCUCAAGGCGAGGGAAAGGUGGCUUUGGCCCGAGCGCAGGAAUGCACAGUGCAUUGGCUUGGGACGACUGAGGACGAUUGUGUUAUGGCCAUGGAGCGAUGUCUCACUCGAUUACAGCGUGCCAAUCCGUGUGAAUAAGCAGGCUUGAGCCCAUGUCGGCCCUGGUUAGACGUCACAGACUGC